AAGCAAUUUGAAAAGUAGUUCAAACGGGCAAAAUAUAAUCCCCGCGAGUUUCCGGCCUUUGAAGAAUACCAAACCUUAGCCUCCUUCCAUAGUCCAUAUGGAUCUCUAUCGCUUUCCUUCUUUCCCAAACUUCCCAAUACCCUCUUCUUUCAUCUUCCUCCUCUUCAACCCCUCAAUAUCUUCCAAAGCAAAGAAUCAAAAUUCUGCAAUAUUUCUUCAAUAUAAAUCCCUACCCCAUCAACACUACACCUUUAACAACUGUAUAUUUCAUUUUCUCAUUCUUGAAAUAUUUUCCUAAUAAUCAGAAAUGGCUUCAGAACAAGCUCCAGCGGUUGAGAUGCCAGUCACCCUUUCGAAAUACACAAAAAGGGUGAUGUUGAAAACUUUAUUAGGACGCAGUGAUGGUGGGGUGGGGUUAAUUGGUAAGAGGAUUGUAAUUGGAGGGUGGGUUAAGUCCUCCAGGGAGAUCAGGAUACAAACUGUAACGCCUCCUCCCCCCGCACAUGUGGUGAGCCCAAAAGAUGUUACCUGUUCCGAGGUUCUUCAAUCUCGGAUUCCACUACUCAGGUCCCUUAUGAAGGUCUUUGGAGCAGGGGAACAUCGUGCACGUGAAAAAUUAAACGUUAUUAUUCAAAAGGCUCCACAACCCUCAGUGUCAAUAUUGCAAGUUAGUGAUGGCUCUUGUGUGCCCAGUCUUCAGGUUCUUGUGGACUCGGUACUAGCGACUCCAUGCCAAGUUAUGCCUUCGGGAACAUGCGUAUUAAUUGAAGGUGUAUUGCAGAGGCCAUCAGUGCAGGGGAAACACGUUGUUGAGCUCCAAGCAGAGAAAAUCUUACAUCUUGGUCUGGUUGACCAAUCUAAUUAUCCAUUAUCUAAGAAGCGAUUGCCUCUGGAAUCCUUAAGAGAUUGUUCCCACUUUCGGCCUCGGACAACGACGGUGGCAUCUGUCACGCGAAUUCAUAAUGCCCUUACUUGGGCAACUCAUGGCUUCUUCCAAGAUCAAGGGUUCCUUCACGUUCAAGUACCCAUAAUUACAAGCACAGAUUCUGAAGGUUUUAGUGAGAAAUUUCUCGUUACAACUCUUCUUAGCAAGGGCAAAAAGGAUGACCAAAUCAGUUCCACUGAAAAUGCUGGAGUCAGUGUUGAAGCCAUCUGGGCUUCUAUCAAAGACAAAUCUAAGAAAGUUGAAGAACUUAGCAGAACCGAUAGCAAUAAGGAAGCUCUAGUUGCUGCACAGCAGGACUUGAAGAAAACAAAGGAGCUAGUUUCACAGUUAGAAACUAGGCAAAAAGCAAACUCUGGAGUCACAAUUGAUACAAGAAAAUUUGACUUCUCCAAAGAUUUCUUUGCACGCCAGACGUAUCUGACAGUUUCUGGUCAUCUUCAUCUGGAGAGUCAAGCAUGUGCUCUUGGAAAUGUCUACUCAUUUGGCCCCAGAUUUCAAGCAGAGAAAUCAGCAUCGAAAAAGUCGUUAGCUGAGACAUGGAUGGUAGAUGUUGAAAUGGCCUUCUCAGAGUUAGAAGAUGCCAUGGAUUGUGCGAAUGACUUUUUAAAGUUUGUAUGCAAAAUGCUUGUGGAGGAUUGCAUGGAAGAUCUACAAUUCGUAUUGAAACGGAUAGACAAAGCUGUUAUAGAGCGCCUUCAGUUUACCAUGUCAAGUUCAUUCGAAAGGAUUUCCUAUGCCGAAGCAAUAGAAGUUCUGAGACAGGUGGCUGGCAAGAAAUUUCAGAGUAAUGUAGAAUUUGGAGUUGCUUUGACUGAAGAACAUCAAAGUUAUUUGGUUGAUGAAAUAUAUAAAAAGCCAGUAAUUAUAUACAACCACCAAAAAGGACUAAAGCCAUUCUAUGUCCGUUUGAAUGAUGAUGGGAAGACCUCUGCAACAUUUAAUGUGGUCUUACCAAAGGUAGGAACUGUGAUUAGGGGAAGCCAAAGUGAAGAACGCUUCGAUGUGUUGAGCUCGAGGAUGAAAGAAUUGGGGCUGCCAAAACAGCAGUACGAAUGGUAUCUAGAUCUUCGCUGUCAUGGCUCUGUCAAAACCUCCGGUUUCAGCCUAAUGCUUGAAUCUUUGGUGCUUUAUGCCACUGGCCUGAAUGAUGUCAAAGAUGCUGUCCCUUUUCCUAGAAGUUCUGGCAGAGCUAAUAACUAAGUCCUUUAGAAAAGGAUAGGUCACCAAAUCAAUGGAUGUACAUUCAAAGGCUUGCUGAUUGAAUAGAUCAGUUUGUAACUUAAAUCACGUACAUACAAGUACAGCUUUUCUCUGAGCAGACAAAACAUUUGGAACUGUCUGCACUGUGUUUGCUCGUACAUUUGUAAUUAUUGGAAAUGUGGAUGUUACAAUGAAAACACAAACUAGUAGAAAACA